GAGUUUGUAAAGAGUGACCUAGAGUUGCAGGGAAGCUGGUCAUCCCCGGCGAACGAGAAAAAACUUUUCGUGUCAGACAACGUUGAGUUGCUUUGGUGGAAAAACAAAAAGUUCCUAAAGAUCAAUGGAGAGGAUGCAAAUCGAAUCAAACGUUGUAUGAUCAACGCUAUGUUUACGAGUUUAAACCUCGAUAGUAUCAAGUCUGGUGUGGACAUGGCUACUAACACCGAGAACUCCUUAAACGAAAACCAACCAACAAAACACCAGUGUACGGGUUGUGAAUGUUCGAAGCUAUCACCAGACUUGGAGGGUUUGAAAUUAGACUUGGUUGUUUUGGAAUCGAAACUCAACCAUAAAAUCCAAGCCGUGGAAAACCAAAUAUUACGCAUGAACGAUUGCCGACCAAAAGAGCCGAAAAAUCAUGCAAAUCUCGAAAAUAUGUUGACAACCUCUACACCCAUUAGCAGCGGCGGCACGAACAAAACAAAAGAGGUUAGUAAUUCAAAUCCUCACAUUAAUCCCGUUGUUGUUCGGACCGCUAACGAUGCAUGCUUCACACCAAUAAAAGUACCGGAUAACACAGAAACUUUUAUGGCCAUAGAUCAGUCAUGCGAGAAAACGUCACACCAUGAUUUGGUGCCAUUGCCAAAAUCCAUCAAUCACUCACAAGAGGAAUUAACCCUGACAAAGGUAGUUUUCCCUGUUAGGAACAAUAGUGAACAGUCGAAAAUAGGCGAGCUUUCCCAUACGAGAAGCCGUACAAAUCCUAUUCAAAAGGAACAAAGCUGUCAUUAUAAUGUUCCUGGUAGGCAAUCUUGCUCUAGUUAUUUACAUGAUCGUGGUCAACAAUUUCGAAGCAUUCCAGUACGUAUCACUCACCGUCCACUGCCAGUGAACCCAGAGAAAGUAAAUAAACAUAGACGUGCGUACCGGAGUCAGGGUUUUCGACAUCGACAUCAGACGGACUGGCUCAGGCAUCUGGAGCUGGUCCGCAAAGUAAUUCGGUCAUAA